UGCUGAUUAGUUAGUUGCAAUUAUCCGGCGAUCAACGUUGUUCAGAGUUCGGUGCAGAAUGGAGCGCUACUUGCGGUUUUAUAUAAAAUUCCAGGGAUAUGUGCUGGCGAUCGGAACCAUUCUGGGAUCAAUUCUGAUGUCGUUUAUUAUCUAUAAUGCCACGGAUUUCGUGUUUCCUCUGGAAGAAUUUUACGAUUAUCGCUUUAUGGGAAGUGCGGCACUCGUUUUCGGAGCUCUCUGGUUUACUGUUGGCAUCACAAUGCUCUACGGCGUUUAUAAGGAAGUGAAAGUAUGUUUGAUCCCUUUUACGAUCUUGUACAUGGUGGAUCUGUUCUUCCUGUUCAUUCGUGACAUCGCACUGGUUUGGCAGAACGAGAGAUGGUACAAGAUAGCGCUUCUGAAUCCGGUAACCGCAACCGUUGUUCUGUACAUUACCCUCCACAUCAUGCUGAGUGUCGUGGCUUUGGGUCGACUUUUCAGCUACGAUCCGGUCUCCCAGAGUGGAUCCAACUUUGUCCGUUUCAAAUCCGACGAUCCGCAGCCGGUUCCGCUAAAUGAAGACGAAGUGUCGCUUGUGGUUGAGUGAACUGAGGCCAAGCUGAUGAUGCUGAUUCGUUCUCCGAAUGGACUGAUUAGAUUCCAGCAAUUGGUCGAGUGACACUGUUGGUAUAUGCUGAUUUAAGUUUUGUAAAUACAAACUUGUUAUGGAAAA